CCAUGGAAUAAACGACACAAUGUGUCAACACAUGAAUACUUACAGAAGAAGGUCUACGUCAGAACUUGAUAUAUGCCUGAGUCAGUAUAAUACCACCUGGUGUGGUUACACUAAUGAUAGGUAACCUGCAGCUGGAGGAUAUUGCACUACCUGUUAUACCAACACUCAAGAUUUGCCAUGCACAUAACACGCCGUGUGGUCAGAUGUGAAUGUCGUGGAUGGAUUAACAUCGUUACAGAGUUUGGUGACAGACACAGCACCGGUACUUAGAGGCCGGAUUUCCGUUUAGUUUUCGAAUCAGUAAUUCUGGUCGGUGGAAGAGCGCAUUGACUUUCGCGAUGGUUCGUCUUUUAUUUUGCAUAGCGUGUUUCCUGCUUGUGUCUCCAUACAGGGUGAGAGGCCAAGCCUGUCCCUCGGGUGAUAAUGUGGUCCAUGUUUGUCAGCCUGAAACCAAAGAAGGUACAUCCAUACAGGUGGAUGGGUCCAAAGCCAAGGGUUUCCAUGGACAAUGUGUUUGUGAGGUGCAUGCUGUGGGUGGGGCUGUUGUUGUCAGGAUGUCAGCACCGGUGGUACCAGCUGCCCAAUGCGGCGCUCUGGUCUUUUCUACAGAAAUUGGCUUUACUGCUCAGUGUGGUAAUCCGGUGCCAACAGUUUCAGGAAGUAUAGAAACUAAACAAAAUGCCUUCCUCACUAUUGCAACGGAAAAAGAGGACACGAAUUCUGCCUAUUGUGUUAAAGUGGAGAAAGAAUCCGGAGACGGACAAGUUAGAGUCAUCUGUACGGAAAUCACCGAUGUUGACCGCGCUAACAAAGCAACUACAACCACUUCAGCAGCAACUACUUCUAAAUCAGGAGGAGACAUCGCUUCGGGCCAAGCCUGUCCCUCGGGUGAUAAUGUGGUCCAUGUUUGUCAGCCUGAAUCCAAAGAAGGUACAUCCAUACAGGUGGAUGGGUCCAAAGCCAAGGGUUUCCAUGGACAAUGUGUGUGUGAGGUGCAUGCAGUGGGUGGGGCUGUUGUUGUCAGGAUGUCAGCACCGGUGGUACCAGCUGCCCAAUGCGGCGCUGUGGUAUAUUCUACAUACAUUGGCUUUACUGCUCAGUGUGGUAAUCCGGUGCCAACAGUUUCAGGAAGUAUAGGAACUGAACAAAAUGCCUUCCUCACUAUUGCAACGGAAAAAGAGGACACGAAUUCUACCUAUUGUGUUAAAGUGGAGAAAGAAUCCGGAGACGGACAAGUUAGAGUCACCUGUACGGAAAUCACCCAUGGUGACCGCCCUAACAAAGCAACUACAACCGCUUUAGCAGCCAGGAGGAGUUCAGGAGGAGACAUCACUUCUAGUUCAGGAGGAGACACAACGUCCAAUUCAACCAUCUUUGCGAAAGACAAUUUCCUAGCUCUUGACACUAUUUAUUUGCAGCUGCCAUUCAUCUUAAUGUUGGGAAAGUUUAUUUAAUCUCUUUUGAAAACCAAUAAAUGUACUAUCUAUUACUACAAUGUCAUCUGCAAAAAGCAGCAUAUAUAACUGUAGAGUACCUUUAAUAAUACAUCAUUGCUUAUCUUUUUGCAAAAAAAUCUACAAUGUCAUUAAUACAGAAUGAAAAUAAAAAUGGUGACAACUGGCAACCAUCUCUAACUCCAAAUGAUUAGUCAAAGAAUUUAGUAAAUCCAGAAUUCAGAGAUACGCAUGAUUUCACAUUUUCAUACAUAUUUCUAAGUAAUCUAAAAACAGAACCUUUAAUAUCAUCAGUCCAAAG